GGUUCCAGCGGGUGGUGCCUCGCAGACUGAGAGGUGCUCACUAUAAAACCUCCAAGAGCGAUGCUGUUCCGUCAGCCCUCGAACCUGAGAGCACUGCAGAGAGAGCACUGCAGACAGAGCACUACAGAGAGAGCACUACAGAGAGAGCACUGCAGAGAGAGCACUGCAGAGAAGCGCGUUCAUGCCACUGACGAAGAACAUGUUACUUUCCACCCCGGUUGGAUCAAUCAGCACUUCUGGUCGAUGCUGGAUUUUAAACUGACUUUGUUCACGGAGACCCUCAGGAAUAACUGUGAUGGCAAGGGUGUCAUUAUUAAUACAUUUGGGGAUUUUGCUGUUUAUUGGACUAACAGUCGCAAUGGCGAACGGAUUUUCCUCCUUUCGUCAAGAUGCGCUGAUGAAGAACAGCGCGAGGGAUUUAACCAAAGCAUCUAGUGUGACUCCGAAUCAGUUUGAUGAGUCUGGAUGUUAUUUCUGCCAGAUCCUCAAACCUCGGAGGAGAGCCAAGAGAUGUACGUGUUACUCGUACAAAGACAAAGAGUGUGUUUACUACUGUCACCUGGACAUCAUCUGGAUCAACACACCAGAGCGUACUGUCCCAUACGGCCUGUCGAGUUAUAGAGGCUCCCAGCGGGUGCGGCGUUCUGCCAAGGACAGCGUCGGAGGUCAGCGCUGCGUGUGUGCUGUACACAACAACCAACAGUGUAAUGCUUUCUGCACUCAGAGUAGGGGGAGGACAACAUGACUGUCCAUCGGAGCACAGCUAAAUUGAUAUUCACUCAUCCGCUGGACUUCUUCUUCAUUCUUCUGUCUGGAGAAUCACCUCAGAGAAAAGGUUCAUGUCUAUUCAAAAGGAAGGCUGUUGGAAUUCCAUUACAGAGAGGGAGAAUUAAAGAGCAGAGAGAUUCGGGAAGUACUUACGCUGUCACCUACAGCACCUACUGUAAGCUAACACAUCUCUGAAGAAGCCAUGCAUUGACUGCCGCUCUCGGUGAGACACAUUCAGGUGAGAUGUCUGUGAGGGGCCAAAUUCUGGACUGUAUCCACCUGCACCUUUGAACUGACUUCCAAAUCAGAUGUGCACGAUGGAGUUCAAUAAUCACCACCAGUCACCAUCAUGUCAUAUGUUUAAAGGACUUUGUUAAAAUACUUCUUGAGCAAUCCAUUUAUAAAAAGUGCUGUAACGCAAACUCUAUAUUGCAUUGCAUAACAUUGGCUUAUUCUAAAAAAUAUGUUCAUAUUUAAUACAGCCUUUCAUAGUUUGAUACACGAGUAUACGUUUCCUCAAGAGUAUGAAUAAUUCACAAAGCAGACAAUAGGUAAAGUCCUAGCUUUCCUUGAGCAUAAAAUAAAUUUUGUAUUUUACAACUAACCAAAAGGUGUGCAUUUUAAAUAACACAGUAAUACACAUCCUACUGAAUAGUUGUGAUAAAGACUAUAUGCAAUAAAAUAUUUAUUCCACUAACCAAUUUUUUUUAAAUAUAAUACAUUCUCCAAACUGAAACAAAAAAUACGUUUUCUUCCCAUUUCAAACCAUUACGAGGUAAAAUAUCCUUAAUUUAUUCAUAACAUCAGCAGUGAAAAAAGCACAUAUGGCAGAGAUAAAAUGGAAUAAAAUACAUACAGUUCAUUAACUGAAACAGAUUGUACCUGUUCUUACUUUUCAUGGCCGACACACAGGUCAUUAUGUAUGUAAAAGUCCUGUACAUAUUUUCUGUUUAAUAUUAAAUUAAAACCUUUUUUAUAACCUGUUUUUAUACCCAUGA